AUGCUGACACCCACGAUCCUCAAUGUUGUCCUUCCAUUCUACGCGGUCGGCCACACUCCUGCCGUAACCUUAACGCGAAACGUGCCUCAGGGUGUCGACGCCGACAUUCUGCUACUUGGAUCGGGAGAUAUCCGACACAUAUUAUAUACAGCGUACCAUGAGAAGGGCCUGCCGACCAGAAAACUCGAUAUCACCUCGUGUGAUCUAGAGGAUGCAAUAAUUGCUCGGAAAGUCCUCUUCCUCACGUUUCUGGUCACUCGGGGCAUGGAAGCAGAGCCGCAGCUCUUCUGGAACGUGUAUUAUCACCUUUUCCUGGAUGAGGAGUCAGCUCAAGUUCUCCAGUCGCACCUUGUUCGCCUGGUGGCCGCUUCGAGUUCGCCCAAGGACUGGAGGGAAAGCGAAUUCGGUGGGAAUUUCCGCUUUGGCACUGUCUCCACUCUUUCCUCUGUUCGCCGUAUUUGGCACGCUUACCUCGAAUCUCUGCGGAGGACGGACCAUGAUCA